UUUUAUCCAGUCAGACUUAAAGCUGUAUGGUCCGAAUUCCGACUAAUUUUGUCCACCUUGUAAAAACACUUUUAAACUAUCGUACGUACGUAUUUAUGGGGCUAUACGACAGGUUAAACAUCAUUUCACCUGUUUUAACCAGAAUUAUUUGAUUUUAAAUCGAUGUUUACAAACAACUGUAUCUCGGCCAUUUCUUAUGCAUAUUCAGAAGAUAAAUCAUGUGACAAUCACGUGACUAGUUCAGACUUCAACGAAACAUGGAUACAGAGUCAACUUCUUCAACUGGUGCUGAUUCCCCUGUAAAAGGUAGAGGAAGGCCUAGAGGACGCGGCCGUGGCCGUGGUCGUGGUAGAGGAAGGCCAGCAGCAAGAAGAGGCAGGUCAAACAGAAAAGAGGAGGAAGUUCUCCAACAUACGGAGCAAAGAACAGAAAUUGCGAAGAGACAUGUGCAGAACCUCACCCAUGAGGCAUGUCAGCAAAUGCUCAUUGAAGUAGCAUCCAGAUCAGCAAGUCUAAUUUUGGACAUAAUUGACAAGUCAAGACCUGGAGCCCCUGGUCAGCUUACAUCUGUACCCGACGUACCAUCCUGGUGUACCUGUAACCGCUGUCGGAACAUGCCUACAGAGGAAGAAAAGAUCUGCUGUGGCAGAAGUCCAGAACAGUGCACAACCCUUUUGCCAGAUUUCCAUGUUCUGUGUCUUGAUGAGGCUGUCCUUGCCCUGGCCCGCCUGUAUAGAGAAGAUGUGUUAGCUUUGCCAGCUGAUGAUGAUUACAACAGGGGGAACAGGCACUCUGCAUACAGACAGUACAUCCUUUGGACUUAUGGAAAGCUUGGAGCAGGACAUAGAAAAGUCAUUCCAAGCUGUUGUGUUUGGAAAAUACGCAACAAAUACCCAGAACCCUCAGGACAAUAUGUGGGUUUUGUCCAAGGAAGACUAAAUUAAUCUUGGGUAAAAAAAACGAAACAAACAAACAACAACGAAUCAGUGUGUGCAUUAGAAUUGAUAUUCAGGGGCAAGAUCAAAUGUUCAAUGUCUUUCAAGAAACAAAAUUCACAUACUUUUCAUUUAGACCCUACUACAUCCAUGUGUAAACUAAAGUAUCUAAACUGAUUUUCAAUUACAAAUACUAAGCAUGGUAUAAAUAACAUUCUAUGUACCCUUUCUACUGUUUAUUCACACCGUGUA